GGUAAGAUUGUUUAUCAUGGAAGAGACAUUCCUGGUACUAACAUCGAGAACUUUUUACAAUACGCACUUUUACCAUACAACUCUCACAUUCCUGAACCACGAGGGCUCAACCUGUUUACAAAAGGACUAGUAGAAGUAGGGGUUAAUAAAGAUUUAAUUAAAAACGAGUAUUUAUUGACAAAAAUGGCAAAGGAGGAACAUGAAAUGCCACAAUCUGAGAGUGAUGUUGAAAGCAAAUCUGGUGAAGAGAACAGGGAAUCUGACAAGAGUGAUAAUGAAAGCGAAUAUGAUGAUAAUGAGGAUGAUGAUAAUGAGGAUGAUGGUGAGCCCGAGAGACUAGCUUGUAACCAUUGUGGAGAAGAGACUGGUCACAUUGUAUACUUAAUGAAGUGCCCAAGAUGUUCGUGGAAAGAUUUCUACUGGGGCAAAGACGCUCAAUGUAUGAUAUGUGAUGAACAGUCACCUCUACUGUUUUCGCAUGUCAUUGGUUUCUGCGAGGUAUGUUCGUAUGGUACGUCUAACAGCAAGGCGAGCGGAUUGGAGUUCACACCAAAAAUGGACAAAUAAAAGACCCAGCAGAUUGGACCAAACGUGACCUAGCGCGAAUGACUCCGGAAGCAAGAGAGGAUUAUGAACGUUUUAUAUUGAGCGAUAGACCGAAAUAUAUUCCAAUGAAGCCGGAAAAACUUGCAAACUUAUCCCCAGAAGAUAAACAAGAAUAUGAGAACUCUUUAAAAAUAACAAAAACACCUAGACGUUACGCUCUUAGAAGUAGACCUUACUAAAUUUUGUAAAACAUUUUGAAGAAAUAAAUUUAAAAACUAAAAUAUUGUGCAAAUUUUUGCCCGCAAAGCCCGCUCUUUCCGCCCGCGCGAAAAGAUCCGUGUACAAAUAUGUUGUACUUUAAUAUAUGCAUGUACCCGCAAAGCCACGCGCCUGAUUUUAAGGUAUACACCUGCGUUAAAAAAUAAUCCUUAUCUAUCCAUCGGGAUACACUUAGUUAUGCAAAUUCGUAUUACCUUAAUCCCCUUAAUUACCUACACGCCUCCUAAUGACUUAGCAACGCAUAACAACGCAACAUUUGCAAAGUUUAAAACAUGUUUAUUGAUACAAAUAACAGACGAUAGUGUCAAAAAGUAUUACAACUGUUUUAAUUCUUACUUCUACUCUUGAUAAGCUUUCUUAUGAUCAUCUUAACAGUAUAUAUGUGAUCAUCUUAACAGUAUAUAUGUAUGUAGGAGGAUUGCUAAAUAAUCUUGAACAUGUAAAUAUUGACCAUAACAACGACGUUGACAACUCGGGAUUAGGAACUGUUUAGUUUAAAAUAUGUCUUGAUUUUUGUAAGGAAAAGAUUCCUCGCUAUGGAACAUACGAAAAAUCCGUCAAUAUACAUGUGGAAAUUUAUCUCUUCCGAGCAAAGAUACGGCUAUAUAUUAAUUUCGAUAACAAUUUUGCCAUGCGAGGGACACAAACUGUUCAACACACAAAGUCUUUCAACCCCUUGUGCGACUGCACUCGCAAAAAUUCCUUCCAAUAAAUUGUAAGAUGUGAUUUUACCGUGUAGACACGCCAUGACUGAUGUGGAACAAAUACAGAACUAUGCCUGCUACAAAACACUUGUAGAUUUUAUACAGACACUUGUAUAAAAGUUCAUAGUAAGCCAAGAUUAAUCCCUAUUGUAUCACACACGUGGGGAGAACGCUAAAAAAUGCGUAGUCAGCAAGUUUCGCCCGAUCGUGUUUAAGCUCGCCCGCGUGACGUCAUUGCAUAUAAUUAUGACGUAUAUUAAUGAGUGACGUCAUCACUCCUCCUCACUCCUCCUCACUCCUCCUCACUCCUCCUCACUCCUCCUCACUCCUCCUCACUCCUCCUCACUCCUCCUCACUCCUCCUCACUUCUCCUCACUCCUCCUCACUCCUCCUCACUCCUCCUCACUCCUCCUCACUCCUCCUCACUCCUCCUCACUCCUCCACCACACUCCACCACCUCCACCACCGCAAAAAAGGGGCCCGAACGGCCUCUAUAUUACUACUUACUGCUAAAUUUGAUGGGUCUUCUACAUCAAUUUCCGGAAAUGAUGGAAUUGAAGCCAUCGUAAAUCGUACUGUAAUUUGCUAAUGAAAUCUCAUCCUUGUCGCCAUUGUUGUGAACACACUUUGUUAAUAAACCGCCAUCUUACAUUCUGCCCCCUGAGGCUAUAUCACGUGACUAGAAGAUCACCUGAUACUAAAAGGACACUACAGUUACCUGCAUUCAAGUCUACCCUAAUUAACUUGUACAUUACAAAGUUAUCAACAUACAGUCCUCCUGGUUGUUCCGGCUAAUUAUAGUCAUUCCUAAACUUGUUUUUGUCAUGUUAGUCUUAGGUAGGAAUAUGCACAGUAAAGCGCUUGUCGGAGUUAUGUAUAGAUCUAUCCGCAUGCUUUCUACGGCAAAGUGGUUGGAAAGUCUAGAGUCCCUGCUUAGUCAACUAACUGUCACAUGGGAUGGAAUGCUUAUCCUAACCGAAGACAUGAACAUUGACAUGCUUCAAGCUGAAAAUAGUUUAACAAAACAAUACCAAUGCAUGGUGGAUGUUUUUGGUCUUCAUCAAGUUAUAGAAAAACCCACACGUGUCACGAAAUCCUCUAAAACAUUGAUAGACCAUCUUAUUACUAACUUCCCACAAAGGAUUUCUGACACUGGCAUUAUUCCCUGCUCAAUGGACCAUUUGCAUUAUAGACUAAAUUUUGAUCUGGACAAAAAUUUCAUCACAGCUUAAAAGAGCAUCACAAAAUUAGUAAUAUUCCAAAGUUUCGUUGCGAAAUGUUGUAAAAUGCAGAUAAUAUAGCCUUGCGAAAUUUGCAAUUUUCAGUCAUUUUGUAUUACAAACGGGAAAUUGAUGCCCCAACACCCGAUUGGGCUGUCAAUUUCCCUUGCGUAAUACAAAAUGACUGAAAAACAGCAAACUUCGCAAGGCUAUAUUAUCCGCAUUUUACAACAUUUUGCAACGAAACUUUGGAAUAUUUCUAAUUUUGCGAUGCUCUUUCAAGCUGUGAUAAAAUUUUUGUCUAGAUCAAAAUUUAGUCUAUAAUGCAAAUGGUCCAUUGUCAGCGAUCAUGAUGGCAUUUACGCAAGUAUUAAUGUACGAGUUCCCAGGUUUGAAGCACGGCACAAAUAUAUACGGGAUAUUAAGUCUCUAAAUGAAAGUUUAUUUAUUGAGGAUUUCUCCACGUUACCUUUGUCUGUCAUAGCUUAUACUGAUGACCCAGACGAACAACUAGAAUCCCUAAACUCCCUGUUCGUUGAGUGUUUAGAAAGGCAUGCACCCUUGAGAAGAGUCCGAGUGACGCGUCCCCCGUCUCCAUGGAUGAAGUCUGCCAAUAUCCAAACUCUUCAAAAAGAAAGAGAUCAUUUAAGACAUAAAGCUCAUAAAAGCGACGCUUGUAACGGUGUAUGGACCGCUUUUCGACUUGUUAGAAACAACUUAAAGUCUGCAAUAAGAUCAGUACGGAAGGCAUUCAUCGAAAAAGCGCUGUCUUCUAACAAAUCACGCGAUAUAUGGAGAGUUAUCCACAGGAUUCUGAAGCCAAAUCCGAAGCCUCUUCGCGUAGACCCUGACGAACUAAAUACCCAUUUUGCCACCACGACAGAGAGAACACUCGAGGCCUCUGCUGUGUCUUUGAGUGACCUGACAAGCCUAACAGACAAUCUGCCUGAACAGAGUUCUAAUGGCGAUCAAUUUAAUCUGAAACCUGUCACCCAAGAGGAUGUCUUCAAAUGUAUACGUGCAUUACGCUCAGAUUGUUCCACUGGUGUUGAUAAUAUUCCAGCCAGAUUCGUCAAGUUGGUCGCGGAACAUCUUGCCUGUCCUCUAACUAGCAUAAUAAACAAAUGCAUUAGCAACGCAUAUUUCCCAAAGCUGUGGAAAAUAGCCAGAGUCUCCCCAAUUCCUAAAGUAGAAAACCCAACAUCCAAUGACCAGCGACGGCCAAUCUCAAUACUUCCAGUGUUAUCAAAGGUGUUUGAGAAAUUGGUUGCUGGACACGCUGCUACCUGAUCGCAUUUCAGGUUUUCGAAAGGGACAUUCGACAACAAGCGUCCUUUUGGGGAUACGAGACGAUAUUCGUCAUGCUAUGAAUAAAGGGGAAAUUACCUUGAUGGUCCUAGCAGACUUUAGCAAAGCAUUUGACACUAUUUGUUUUAAAAGCACCAUUGAAAAGUUUUAUAAGUUGGGCUUCUCAAAGACCUUCCUGAAGUGGUUGCUGAGCUAUUUAUCUGGUCGUUCCCAGUUUGUGCAGAUAGACGAUAAAUCUUCUUCUCGUAAACCAAUACAUUUUGGAAUUCCUCAAGGAUAAAUCCUGGGGCCAUUGAUUUUUAACCUCUACGUUCCUGACUUAAAUGACGUCAUUUCUUCUCAUACGAACUGUUAUCAGUAUGCAGACGAUACAACCUUGUAUAAUCAUUGUAAAGUGGCAGACCUCACGACUGGGGAAACGAGCAUGAAUAAAACCCUCACUAAACUUAGCAAUUGGUCACAAGGAUCGAAUCUGGCACUUAAUCCAACCAAGACAAAAUGUAUGCUGUUCACUACCAGUCAGAUGUCAACAUACCACUCCCUGUCAUCGCGCUUUCUGCAGCUUGCUGUUGAAGGGAAAGUAGUGGAACGAGUAAAAUCAACGAAACUACUCGGAGUACACCUAAAAGAGAAUCUAAAAUGGGACGCCCAUGUGAAACAUCUUGCCUCGACGUGCUAUGGCACCCUAGAAAAUCUCAGAAAAAUUAAGAACUUUACAACUUUCACCCUGAGAAAGCAUCUGGCUGAAAGCUUAAUUAUCUCUCGCUUAGACUUUAGUGACAUAGUAUUCUAUCCACUAACCGAACAUCUACUCAAUAGACUACAGCGAAUACAGUACUCAGCUGCUAGUUUUGUGACUGGACGUUAUGUAAAUAGUAUUGAAUCGAUUUUAAAAUUGGGUUGGUUACCCAUGCGAGAACGAAGGGACUGGUAUAUUCUUAAAGCCGCACAUAAGGCGUUAUAUAGUAGCGAUUGGCCUCUCUAUGUUAGCCUUGAAAGGUCUGAACACACGUGUUUUACGGUCUAAUGCUCAAGUCAAUUUAGUUAUACCUUUAGUUUCUAAUACCUUUCAAGAUUGUUUAGCUUCAUUAUUUAAUUCUCUACCAGCUGAUGUAAAAUCAUGCACAGAUCGUAGAGACUUCUCCAGACAAACUUUUAAUAUUUUAAAGUAACGCUGUCUCACUAUUUAAUUGUAAUGCUUAGGUCUAGGUUUGCAACUUUCUUACUAUUUCUUUAGAUAUUGUAGUAGUAGUUUUAUCAGGUGAAGAGCCAUUGUAUGGAAAUACUGAUAAUAAAUCAUUAUUAUUAUUAUUAUUAUUAUUAUAUAUGAUGAAGUUAAGUUUAUUAAUGUAUCUAUAAGCUCUUUAGGUGUAUUUGGUGAAUCGACGAAUACUUUAUUUGAUGUGCUCCAUGAUCUGAAGUACGACGAACAAUGUAUUAAAUAUGUAAAAAAGAAAAUAAUUGCUACUUGUAUUCGCAUGUCGUAUUAUAUAUUCUGUAGACGAAACAAAGACUGGAACAAACCAGAACUUUUAAACUUUUAACUAAAUUUAAAAGAUUUUCACAUGUAUAUAUAUUUUAGCUUUAAACUCAAUUCAAGUGGACAUCGAUAAGCUACCUUUUAUUAAGUGAGGUUUAUCAAUGUAUAUAUAGUAUAUCGUAAAUAUCUAAUAAAAAGUUUCCAUUAUUAUUAUUAUUAUUAUUAUUAUUAUUAUUAUUAUUAUUAUUAUUAUUAUUAUUAUUAUUAUUAUUAUUAUUAUUAUUAUUAUUAUUAUUACUCCAGCCAAGUGAUCCAAUCACAUUGCAAGAUCUAAAUUCAAAAAUCAAGCUUUUAAAUGACGCGAUAUACAGCUACUUUGCAAAUAAUUAUGGACAUACUGAAACUGUACCCGACAAAAAUAUGGUAGCUAAAUAUAAAGAGUAUACGGUUAAAGAGUUAAAGAAAGCUUUACAAAAGUUAAAAUCCAAAAAGGGUGAACUCAGUGAAAUUAAAUACGUAUCGCGUACAUUGCGUGACAGGCUCCGUAACAAUGGCAACGACGCCGAUGACUUAAAUGACAGUGAGUCGUUUAAUCACAACAAAUAUCUGGAACGAAGCUUUUGGGGCUAUGUUAAAAAUAUAAUCAAUAGAAAAGACGCAGUAUUACCAUCAUUUAACAUGACUGAUUGCCUUUCUUAUUUCUCUAAAUCUCUGGCUAAAAUUAAUCCUAACAAGCUAUUUGCAAUUCCCAGCUGGAUCCCAAAGUUAUCUGAUCCUGCAGUUCAAUUUAACCUUGACCCCCCGACCUAUCAACAAAUUACAAAUGUUAUACGCAAAAUGAAAUCGUCUGGUUCUCCUUGCCCUCUUGAUCAACUUUCUAUAAUAAGUUUCAAGCAUUGUCCUUAUCUGAGAACUUACCUUACUGGGCUAAUUCACGAUAUUUGGCUAUCUGGAACUGUCCCAACUGAGUGGAAAAGAGCAUGUACCAUACUAAUCCACAAGAAAGGCAACAAUAAUGAUCCUUCAAAUUUCCGCCCCAUAACACUCGAAUCCAUACCUUUAAAAGUAUUUACAUCUUGUCUCCGAAACGCAGUAUACUCCUUCCUCGCAUCUAAUAACUUCGUCGAACACAACAUACAAAAAGGCUUCACCCCCAACCUAUCUGGCACUCUAGAACAUACUGCACAAAUGGCUGAUAUUAUUAAUAAAGCUCGGAUCAGACAACGCUCUGUUGUCAUCACCCUACUUGAUCUUAAGAAUGCCUUCGGCGAAAUCCAUCACAACCUCAUUCAAUCCGUACUUGACUACCACCAUAUCCCUGAUCAUAUAAAAUUUGUUAUAAAAAGUUUAUAUACUGAUUUCCAAACCUCGAUAAUUACCUCUGAAUUCCGCACUCCUUUUAUGACAGUUGGCCGUGGCGUAUUGCAAGGAGAUUGCCUCAGUCCUCUUCUUUUUAACAUGUGCUUCAAUACGUUCAUUCAGCAUAUCAAGGCUGAAAAGUACCGUCAAUUUGGGUUUUCCUUCAAGUUGCUAAAUCCCAUCCAUUGGUUCCAGUUUGCUGAUGACGCGGCUGUAAUUACUGGCCAAGAAUCCGAAAACCAACAUCUAUUAAAUCGAUUUUCUAUCUGGUGCCAAUGGUCCGAUAUGAUUAUCCGAGUUGACAAAUGCAGUACCUUUGGCAUUAAAAAAGCGAUCACCAAAUCAGUUCA